CAAAAGUACAAGGCAGAGAUAAAUGCGCAUUCUGAUCAUUUUGUAGUUUAUAGUAGAAGGUAUCUGGAGACAUUUUUUUGCUAAGACCAAAUGGGACUCGGGUACUAAAAACCUGCUUGCAGUAAAUAAUGUCAAAUGAUGCAUGAUAAAGUGGCUCAUCGCAGAUUGUAGAAUUUUUGAGUUGUUAACUUUCAGCCACAACUAUGAAUCUGCAAUUUGUGCGAGUUCAUUUGCGUAAACGAUGGCCGGAAAUAAAGGCGAGAAUGUUUUGUGCACGGAAGUAGCUUUGGUUGAUGUGUUUAUUAUACUACUUUAAUCAUACGUUUAAAAUGUAACUCAGAUUGAACCAGAAAUAUCAAAUGUAUGUUUUGUUGGGUUUUUUUUUAAUUUUAUUUGAUAAACAUCAGUGUUUUCUCUCUGAGAUGUUCAGUAAGUCACUUAUAAAUGUUGAUUUGAUCUGAAUGAGACACAACAACCAGAGCAGAAGGAAUGCGGCACCAUACUAGCUACAAUGAGCUGUACAAUAGAAAGAGUGCUGGAAGAUGCAAAAGCUCUUGUGGAGAGGUUAAGAGACCACGACAAUGCUGCUGAGGUGCUAAUUGAACAGACAACUUUCCUUAACAAACGUGUUGAAGCUAUUAAGCAGUACCAGGAGGAGAUCCAGGAGCUGAAUGAGGUGGCGAGGCACAGGCCCCGCUCCACUCUGGUGAUGGGAAUCCAACAGGAGAACAGGCAGAUCAGGGAACUUCAGCAGGAAAACAAAGAGCUCCGGACAUCUCUUGAGGAGCACCAAUCAGCCCUUGAACUCAUUAUGAGUAAAUACAGAGAGCAGGUGUUCAGGUUGCUAACGGCUAGCAAGAAAGAUGACCCCAUCAUAAUUACAAAACUAAAGGAACAACAUUCCAGUGAAAUUCAAGCCCACAUAGACAAGAUCAACGAAAUGGCAACAGUAAUGAAAAAAGCCAUUGAGCUUGAUGAAGACCGGGUUUAUGAAGAAGAACGCAUUAAACAGCUAGAACAUGAAAACAAUGGACUGAGAGAACUACUUCAUAUUAGCUGCGAAGCUUUCUUAACACUGAAGAAAGAAGACACACCAGAGAGCACUCUUAUAUCAGGAUUAGUAGCAACUGCUGACCUGAGCUUGAGGAAAAGCUAAAGAAGCUCAUGGAAACAAUGCACUUUCAUCUCAUAGUUCAUUAACCGCAUGACGGCCAGACUGGGAUAACCCAAAUCACUCAACAGGGUACAAGCAGAUAUUUGUAUGAAAAUGUCAGGGUUUCUCUUUUUUACUUUUUGAUUUUAUAUAAGUGGUUGAGAAAGCUUUGGUAAAUCUGUGUGCAUUGUGUGUCUGGAUGUUCUGUUUUGUUUUGUUUCUUCUUUCAAAAUCCUCAUGUUUUUGUGUUUUUUAAAAACUGCAUGGAAGACUGUUCUGGUGAAAGAACAUUUUUGCAACAAAAUGAGUCUUGUUGAUGGGCAUGUGUGUACGAGUGGGUUAAAAUGUUGUAGUUACUGAAUGAGUGUACCGUGACGAACAGUGUUAGGCAGUUCAUCCAUUGUUUUGUGUCUGUCCCACACAAGAGGAACAUAUAAAUUUGUUUAAUUCAAAUGAUAAAAACAAACCUGAAUAAAGCACUGCUCCAAAAACAAGAUAGGUUGUAAACAUUUGUAUACUGAAGGUAGUAAAAUGAUUAACCAUUUUAUAGAUGUGUGAUGUAGCAAUAUAAGACAGCUAAGGAAAUCUUUAUACUUCCAAAUAGGAAAAAGAAAAAACACACAACACUUUGUGGCCAAUUAGUUGUGGAAUAAAAAAAAUGUGAUCCCAUUCAAAUAACUGCAGUUCUGCUGGUUCAUACAUUUAGAAUUGGCACCAUAAAAAUUAGAAAGAUACAUUUCCAGAUGUUUCUCACAGGUAAGAUGCAGCUGUAUUUAAUAAUGCCUCUCAAUCUUUUCAUUGUUAAAGUUUGAACAUCACAGCUGACCACAUUUAAAACGUGCUGUAUUGCUUGUUGCUUUGUCUAUGGAAAUGCUGUUAAACAGAUGGCUGAUUAACCCUAUAAGCCCAAAACAAACCAGAAAUGCCUUUACAUAUUGCAUGGUACGUCUUAAGUUUUUUGUUGUUUUUUUUCCUGUUGGGACAGUACUGGUAACAAGAUUUUUCAAUUACUUGAUAUUUAACAAACAUUUUGUUCUUGAAAACCCAUUAUGUUUUUUUUCCCCCCCCCCAAGAUUUAAAAAAAAAAAAAAUCUGUGCAAGUCCAUUUCUAAAUAUAAUAACAUCUGAACUUGCUUGAUCAAGAAAACUCAUGUUGUAUAUUAACACUGGAUGAUUAUAUUUUGUGAAUACAUAAGUUAUACAUUGAAAGACCAUCAAGUCUGUUUCUUUUCUUUCUAUAAAAAAUGCAGGCUAGUGCAAUGUUCUGUUGUAUGAAUAGUUAUUGCUUGGCACCAGCAUUUGUGACCUUUUGGGUUUAGCAGUGAGCAGAUUGUUCACCUUAGGAAGAAAUAUGAAUAUAUAUCAGUUAAUAUGCAUACAUGUUUAGUAAAAUCGCAAAACACCAGUAAGGCGGCACUUUUCAGGUCUUACGUUAAAUUUGCCAUCCCACAGUAGGCUUUUCAUUGUUUCAUGACCCCUGAGUAGUGCAUAACUGGUCCUUUGUUCCUUCAAUUUGAAAUCUCAAACCUUUCCCAAUAAAACCCAAGAUUUAGUGGCACUGCAAAGUUCAUAUUGCAGUUCCUCAAAUAUUUUGCUUUUAUUAUUUAAUUUUAUUUUAAAGUACUCUGACUUGAGAUCAGCUGCUGCUCUACUCAAGUUGUUGGCAUAUUUAACCAAGGCUAGAUCAGUCAAAUUGUCUACAAUAUAUAGACAUUAGAGCCAACACCAUUCAGUGAACAGAAAUAUGAAAAGGACCUUGAUCCUUAAUACCUGUCUUUUCACUACAUGGUGCUGACUUAUUUUUAUAAAGACACGUUGGCUGAUCUGGGUAACGUAUGUCU